AUGGACGACACCACCAAGAAAGAUGUGGUCUACGUGGAAGACAUCGAGGAGGGAGGGAUUAUGAGGGCUAAGGGGAAGGUGAUGGGUACUGUGAAGAUCACGGAGGGGACGGUGGUGUAUAUACCUACUCCCACCGCUGACCCGCAAGAUCCCUUGAAUAUGUCUGUUUGGCAGAAGUCCAUUAUACUUAUCGUCAUCUCUAUGUUCUCGUGUCUGGGUCUGGCUUUGGUCAGUGGGUUCGGAGGACUACUGCAAUUUUACAUUCCAGGAUAUACAGCCGUAGGAAAGGACUAUGAUGACAUUUCCAACUUAAUGACAUAUCCGACCUUGUUCAUGGGCAUCGGGAACCUCAUCGGUAUGCCAAUAGCAAUUGGUGUGGGAAGGAGAAUCGUCCUCCUAGUAUCGACUGUCGUGCUCGUCCUUGGAUCGGUACUAUGUGCAACUGCGAAGACAUAUGAAUGGCAUCUUGGUGCUCGGAUGGUGCUUGGCUUAGCAGCCGGACAGAGCGAAGCAUUGAUUCCAAUGAUUACCCAGGAGAUCUUCUUCCUCCAUGAGCGCAGCGAGGCCCUCAUGGUACAACUAGCUAUCCAAGUUUCCCUAACAUCUGUAUGGACACUAUUUGCAGGCCCAAUCGCCCAGUCCAUCACACCAGAGGGCUGGUACGGUCUUGGAGCCGGCCUUGCUGGAGCGCUGCUCUUAGUUGCUCUUGUCCUCCUACCAGAGACGAAAUACAACCGCCCUCUCACAUCCUACCAGGAAACCAGCUCCGACCCAACAAGCACCUCUCCCGACCUCAAAAAGGACCUAGGAGCCGAGGUAUGCACCGUCCGCCCCGCCUUAGACUUCGAGAGAUACGCACGGCGCACAUGGACAUCCGACAUGCGACUGUGGGUCGGGACGCCCCAGUGGACAGGAACCUGGGACGUGCUAAGACAAACCUUCGAACUCCUCUUCUUCCCAAACGUCCUCUGGGCCCUGCUUCUCAACGGCCUCACAAUCGGCGUCAACGUCGCCAUCGGCACCACAUACAGCACCAUCCUCGCCAACCCACCCUACAACUGGCCCGACAGCAGCGCAAGCUACAUCAACUGCGGCCAGAUCAUCGUCGCCAUCGUUGCCCUGCCCCUUCUCGGCCACGGCUCCGACUACCUAGUGAAAUACUUUGCCAAACGCAACAACGGUAUCCACGAGCCCGAAAUUCGCAUCAUCCCUCUCAUCUUCCCCAUCAUCGUCGGCACCUUCACAGCUGCACUAUAUGGCCAAGGUGGCGCCCACCCUUACCAAUACCACUGGUUCAUAUAUGCCUGGACGGUGGCAGCGUACUAUUUUUGCUUCGUUGGGGCGAAUAUCGUGGGCAUUACGUACCUACUUGAUAGUUAUCCGGGAAGGUCGGGCCCACUGUUGGUUAUCAUCUGCGCCUUUCGGGGGUUCAUCUCCUUUGGGACGAGUUAUGCUGUGUCGCCGUUUAUUGAGCUUCAUGGGUAUGAUGGGGCUUUUGGGACGUAUGCGGCCUUGACGGCGGCGUUUGGGCUGUUGGGGAUUCCGGUGUUUAUCUGGGGGAAGCAGAUUCGGAGGUUUACAGGGCGGUUUGCGAAGAACAAGGCGGAUUAA